AUGUCAUUUUUAAGAUGUACUUUCGUAGUUAUUCAAAUCAUUGCAAUUGUCUUGUCACAGAAAGUCAGUUCCAGAAAUAAACAAAACACUGCUAUUUCUCAAGAUACUACUUAUAAAUUAUGUCACAUGGGGAUUGAACAACAUUUUAAACCAAUCUUAGAUGAAAUGUUAAUUGAAAGAGUAGUUGGAACAAAUAAUCAUGAAUUUAUAAAAACGUAUAUUGCUGAGGAAAUGAAGAAUAAUGGUUGGGCAGUAGAACUAGAUGAAUUCAAAGCUUCCACACCAAAAGGCGUGUACAAUAUGACUAACGUUGUGGCUACUCUAAACCCCAUGGCUGAUCGGUAUAUAGUUAUUGCAUGCCAUUACGAUUCAAAAUUAAUGGAUUUUUAUUUUGUCGGCGCUACUGAUUCAGCAGUGCCUUGUGCUAUGAUGUUAUACAUGGCAGAAUCCUUAAACCAACGACUUGAAGCCUUUAAAAAUACUCCUUUAAGCUUGAUGAUGGUAUUUUUCGAUGGGGAAGAAGCUUUUGAGGAAUGGUCAGAUUCAGAUUCUCUUUACGGUUCCCGACAUUUAGCUUCAAAGAUGGAAAAUACCAAAUUUCUACAUAAUGGUCGACAAUUAAAUCAAUUAUAUAGAAUUGAAUUUUUAAUGCUACUAGAUUUGUUGGGCACAAAGAAUCCAAAAUUCUAUAACUAUUUUUUAGAAACUGCUGACCUUUAUCGAUCUUUGAUAAAAUCUGAAACAAUCUUAAACAAAACUGGUUGUCUGAUUGAACAUACUGAUACCUAUUUCCGUCCAAUGUCUGCAUUUGUUAAAAUUGAUGAUGAUCAUAUUCCAUUUUAUCAAAGAGGAAUUGAAGUAAUCCAUAUGAUUCCAAAUCCAUUUCCAAAAGUUUGGCAUAAGAAAAGUGAUAAUAAAGAUGCAUUGCACAUGCCAACAAUAUUGAACUUAAUAAAAAUUGUUCAAGUAUUUAUAGUUAGUUAUUUGGAAACACAGUGA